AUGGCACUCAAGCCUAUAACGGAGCUCGGCCCUUCCAACCCUAUCUACCCGUUUAUGCUUCUUUCUCAAUAUCGGAUUCUCGUUUGUCAGAAGUGCCAACAUGCAUGCUUGGCUGACGAAGUCGCCACUCAUCUUGCCAAAAAGCAUCCUGGGAUAGAGCCAGGGGCCCGACGCAGACUGGUGGACGAUACUACAGUGAUACCGAAUGUAUUACAAAGUCGGGUCGAGCUAUCUCAAUUACAGUAUCCACCACCAUCAGCCGAGCCCAUCCCCUGUCUCGCCCCUCCCAAGCUUGACGUGCUCGAAUGUCGACAUUGCAGUUACAAGAUUCGCCAAGUUCAGGCGAUGCAAGAGCAUUGUGCCAAGUCUCACGACUGGGUCAACCCCAGAGGUAAAGGAAGGCCAAUAACAAGACAUCCAACGGCCGAUCCUCUGCCGUGGUCAGAAGGUGUCGCAUGUCAACGAUUCUUUCCUUCUCGGGAAGGUAGCAAAUGGUUCCAGGUCAACAUACAGACAAAGGAACAGGCAAAGCCAAAACUACGUUCUAGGCAGAUAAAUCAUAACCUGAUUCGUUUGUUGUGA